AUGACAACGACAAUCGAUAUGUUAUUGAACAAUCCUCCAAGAUCACCUUUGAAAAUGACUGUUGAUCAUUUGAAACAUUUUCUAUCGAAUGCAAAAAGCCAACGAUGGAUGAUUUGUGAAUGGUUCUAUUCAGAUAUCGAUCGAAUAGAAAAAAAUUUAUGUGAAAUGAUGCAAGUUAUGUGCCAUAUUACAAUCGUUCGAGAAAGAAACAGAAGUGGUGAUGAUGACAAAUAUUUAUUGACUGACGAUUACAGUUACAAUAAACUAAAGUGUUUGUUAACAAAUGAAAAUGAGUUUGAACAUUGUGUGGAACAUUUUUUUCCUGAACUAGUCAAUAAAAAACCACUCCGACUUACUCGUCAACAAUGGAGUUUAAUUCGACGUCGAUUUGGCAAACCUCGACGACUAUCAAGUGCGUAUCUUGAAAAUGAAAGAAUUAAAUUGGUUAAACAACGAAAUUUAUUACGAAUCGUUCAAAAUGAAACAAAAACGCAUUAUCAAUCGGAUAAAAUCUUUUUGAAUAACCUUCCAUCGUUCAUUAUUCCGCCAUUGCAACCCGGUGCACAUGUCAUUGUUCAAUUAUUUCGUUCGUGUCAAUUUGGUUUGUAUCGUGGACAAUUUCUUUCGCGAAAUGAAGCAAAUCCUCAACAAUAUCAAAUUCUCUUCGAUGAUUCAAAUAUUGGUUUAUUGAAUGUCAAUGAUUAUGAUGUUAUGUCUGAACAGCCACUUGAACAUCUUGUCCUUGCUGAAAAAUUGAAAUUAAUUCAAUUUGCUCACAAAGAUAAAAAUUAUUUGGUUAGUGAUAACGACGAAGGUGAUUUACAAACGACAGACGAUGAAGAAAUUAUACCAAAAGCUGAUGUUAUUACUAAAAUACCUGACCGAUUGUUGUAUCUUGUCAUUCGAGUGUCAAGGAUACUUUGUGCAAAACGUGAUUCGAUUGAGAAUCUUCGAAAAAUGAACGAUCAAGCUGAAUUUGAAAUAAGUCGACAUAUUCCACUAAGUGAUACAUUCCGACGUGAUUAUGCACAUUUAAUUCAAUGGUUAGCGAAACUAAACGAAUAUUUAGCGAAAUUUAUUGAGGAAAUCAAUACAAUUUGUCGACAAAUCGUCACUGAUGAACAAUUACUCGUUGUAUUUAACGACACAAAAUUUGUUUGUGAUCGCUCACAACGUUUAGCAAAAGAAUUGAUCAGUAAACUCAACGUUCCUCCUGUGGUUCUUAACCAAGAAACACUUGAAUUGAUUACAAAACUUGUCGCACUCGUCGUACAAAUGAAANCUGCUUGUUCAGGAAUUAUCUAUUUGUUAACGUACGUACCGUGUAUGUAUAUAUCCAUUCGAGAAGAUUUGGCGCAAGAUACAAUACCACGAUGGGCAAAAAUGUUGGCAUCUUUAUUGUCGACGAGUGCAUUUGGUAUGGGGGCGAAAUACAUUGCAUUUUAUGAAAAUAUUGGCACAGGAAUUCAAUUCGACAAUAUUCGUUAUAGUCCAGUCGAAGGUGAUCGAUUUACUUGUUUCGAAACCGUUCUUUUCAUGUUACUCGAUACCAUUCUUCAUCUUCUGCUCAUGUGGUACAUUGAAAAUGUGUAUCCGGGCACAUAUGGAAUUCCGAAGAAAUGGUAUUUUCCAUUCACUGUUAGUUACUGGACUGGGGAAUCAUACGUUCAGCCAAAUUGGAUAAAAAAACUGAAGAAAACGAGAUUGUUCAACUGGUAUAUUUGCAAGAAACAUCACAUGUCUUAUCAAUUCAAUUGGUCAUCAGCAUCAAUAAGUCAAAUAAACAGUGAUUCAAAUCGAAAUGAAAGUUAUUUCGAACAAGAUGAACAAGCAAGUCAACAAUCAAUUGGUGUUCGAUUGCUAAAUUUAACAAAAAUAUUCGAUAAAAAGAAAUUUGCCGUACAAAAUCUAUCCUUAGACUUAUAUGAAGGUGAAAUUCUUUCUUUUCUUGGACAUAAUGGAGCAGGAAAAACGACAACAAUGUCAAUUUUAACGGGUCUGAUUCCAGCGACAUCAGGAACGGCAACUAUUUACGAUCAAGAUAUCAAUGUUGAUAUGGAUAAAAUACGAAAGAAUCUCGGCUGGUGUCCUCAACAUAAUGUUCUAUUUGAAAAAUUAACGGUCGAAGAGCAUUUGCUGUUCUUCUCAAAACUAAAACAGGUUCAAAGUCGAGAGAUGAAGAAAAUGAUUGAAAAUUUGUUAUUUGAUAUUGGACUAACAGCGAAACGUAAUGCAAUGGUUUCAACAUUAUCCGGUGGAAUGAAACGAAAACUAUCCGUUGCAAUGGCGUUUGUUGGUGAUGCGAAAACAAUUAUUCUUGACGAGCCAACAGCCGGUGUAGAUCCAUAUGCACGUCGUGCAAUCUGGGAGUUAUUAAUCAAAUUGAAACAAGGACGAACUGUUUUGUUAAGUAGUCAUCAUAUGGAUGAAGCUGAUGUUCUCGGUGAUCGAAUUGCCAUUAUUUCAAAUGGACAGUUGAAAUGUUGUGGAACAUCAUUGUUUCUCAAAACAACCUUUGGCGAAGGUUAUGUGUUAACAUUAGUUAAAAAUGAUCCUUGGCUAUCGUCGAAAGAUGAAAUAACAUCAAUGAUUAUUCAAUGUAUCCCCAAAGCUUUUUUGAAAGAAGAGACAAGAAAUGAACUUCAAUAUGUUUUGCCAUUGAAAAGUCGUCAUUUAUUUCCUGAAUUCUUCUCGACACUCGACUCACACAAAGAAUCCUUAUCCAUCAAAGGUUAUGGCUUACAAGAUGUUUCAUUAGAAGAAGUUUUUCUCAAAGUAACUGAACAAUUCAAGAAAACACCGAGUGCAGCAGCUGUUGAAUCACAAUUAAACACGCCCGUGGAAACUCCUGAUUUAACAACAACAUCAACAAUCACUGACACAUCAUCAACAACGCUGCAUAUUCAACAUAACGAUCGGGUUACUGGAACUCGUCUCUAUGCAAAACAAGCGUUAGCGAUUAUUAUCAAACGUUUCAUAUUCAAUUACCGAAAUAUGCGUGGUUUAGCAACACAGAUCUUGUUACCUGCAUUUUUUAUUACUGUUGCUAUGACAGUCGCACUAACUGCGCCUGGUUUUGCUGAUCCUCCGCCAAUCACAUUAUCUACUUCAAUGUUUUCUCGUAUGAAUUCUCUCUAUACACCCGUAUCUGGUUUGAAUAGUUAUAAAUACAAGAAUAUUUCUCAACUUUACUCAAUGAAUGCCAACCCGUAUGAUUUAGCCGAGACAAUUCGUUAUCCAUCUGGCCUUGGUUCAACUUGCUUACUGAAAAGUCCAUACAUGAACGAAACUAAAUUAACAUUCGAGAAUUUAACUGGCACGACUUGUAAUAGUGUUUAUAACAAUAAAUAUCAAGUCGAUUCAACGCAGGAUAUUAAUUGGAUGGAAAUGUUUGAUAAUCAUAAUGUCUCAAUCAAUCGAACAUAUGAACUAGAAAAUGUGUUCAACAAUACAUACUAUUCACCUUGUACGUGCUCAAAGAUCCAAUCACGAUUUGUUUGUUCAUCAUUUAUGAAGCCACCGUCAUCCGAUUUACUAACUAAUGAUCAUAUCUUAAACAUAACAAAGGAAGAAAACGAAAUUCUCUAUUAUUUAUAUACAAUAGAUAAUCACCAUUUAGACCGGUAUGGUGGUUUGUCAUUUGGUCUAGUUCAAGAUUAUAUCCCAGAUGACUAUCCCAUCAAUAAAGAUAGUCAACACUUACAUAAAUUAGCUGUAAAAAAUACGGCCAGAAUAUUCACAAAUCACAAAGGCUAUCAUAGUUUACCAUUAUAUAUCAAUAUUAUGUCAAACAGUAUCCUUCGAGCGAAUUUACCUCUUGAAAAAGGUCUUCCUUCAGCAUAUGGAAUUACUACGAUAAACCAUCCAAUGAAUGAAACAAAUAAUAUGUUAUCAACUGAAUUUAUUCUGCAAGGAUCUGAUGUUGUCAUCUCAGUCUUCAUCAUUGUUGCCAUGUCAUUUGUUCCUGCGUCGUUUACCUUAUUUCUCGUUUAUGAACGAGCGACAAAAUCUAAACACAUUCAAUAUAUCAAUGGUCUUUAUCCCUUAGUGU